AUGAAAUUGUCAAUUGGUUUGGAUCUAAGCCUUUAAGAUGCAGUGCAGGUUUUUGGAUGAAAAAUCAAUUUCAACAAGAUUUUCUAUUUACCGCGGGACAUUGUCCCUAUCCCUAUAAUGAUACUUCAAGAUUAUUUUAUCGUAAUGAUAGAAAUUCACCUGUUUUAAUUGGACCAAUGGAGAAUUUUACGCUCACACCAAAUGACAUUGGUUUUAUUAGAAAAUCAAACCCAGAUAUCAAAGAAGUAAAGAAAUAA